UUCAUCAGGGUCAGCAUCUACACCCGUCAUAAAGGUGAUGUCAAAUGUCAGCAGCGGGGUGGUGUUACAGUGUGAGUCUGCAGGCUGGUAUCCAGAGCCUGAGCUGCUGUGGUUGGACGCUGAGGGAAAGCUCCUCUCUGCUGGACCUACAGAGACCCUCAGAGGUCCUGAUGACCUCUAUACUGUCAGCAGCAGAGUGACUGUGGAGAAGAGACACAGCAACAACAUCACCUGCAGAGUCCAACAGAGGAACACCAACCAGAGCAGAGAGACACACAAACAUGUUCCAGGAAAAUCUCAUCUGGUGUGCCCAUCUCAGGUUGUAGCCAUGAUGGGUGAUGAUGUUGUUCUUCCAUGUCAGCUUAAACUUGCUGUUGAUACUAACUCUGAGACUGUGAACUGGAUCAAACCUGGUCUGGACCCAAAUGUUGUCCACCUUCAUUUUGAUGGACAGCUGGUGUUUGAGAACCAACAUCCAUCUUAUCACUUUCGUACUCGAGUCUUUGAGGAUGAACUGAUCAAAGGGAACGUCUCCCUUAAAAUAUUCAAAGUGAAACUCUCUGAUGAAGGAACGUACAGAUGCUCCAUUCCCUGGAUACGUGAAGAAGCUUCCAUUGUUCUCACUGUUGGGUCAGCAUCUACACCCGUCAUAAAGGUGAUGUCAAAUGUCAGCAGCAGGGUGGUGUUACAGUGUGAGUCUGCAGGCUGGUAUCCAGAGCCUGAGCUGCUGUGGUUGGACGGUGAGGGAAACCUCCUCUCUGCUGGACCUACAGAGACCCUCAGAGGUCCUGAUGACCUCUAUACUGUCAGCAGCAGAGUGACUGUGGAGAAGAGACACAGCAACAACAUCACCUGCAGAGUCCAACAGAGGAACACCAACCAGAGCAGAGAGACACACGUGCACGGUGUCAUCCUGGACUCAUUCAUUCCUCUUCUUCACGUUGUCAUCAUUAUGGGUUUUUUUUGUUUCCUGGCUGUGUGGAUAGUUUGCUUUCAAUUACUAAAAACUAAAACUGGUAGGUUUUAAAUCUGUUUUCAUCUCUUUACAUGUAGAAGAUGCACUAAGUGUUACAGGCCCCAGUGGUGCCACAAGGUGGUUCCAGCUUGUAUCUCUUAUUCAACUUUCAGCAAUAUUGAUGUGUGUAUUUCUCUUGCUCAGUCUCAGUGUCCUUACAGUUCACAUAUGUCAUUCUUUCAAAGUCAUAAGCAGAAAAAUUAAUGUGUUCACACAUCAAUGUUCCUCCAUUUUACAUGUACUUCACGUGGUCUCCCAGUGCAAGCAUAUUAAAAGUGCAAAUUCACUCUUGCAUAAGUGAUUCAAAGCUACUAUAAAUCUACAGUGGAUCUUAGAGCAAUACCCAGCUGUACUUAAAGCAAACCACCUCUAACCUGGUUGGAAUUACAGUGGAUACAUGUAGCUGCUCUUAAUACUGAAAUUAAUCAAAU